GUAUAUGUAACUUAUUACAAUAGAAACAUACUGCGUAGCUUCCAUGUUCACACGUUCUUACAUUUGUUAUUUGUGUUCUGCCACAGAUAUCUCAAUCUACCGGACAUCAAUUGCAUGGACCCUCGCUGGCGCCAGAGCGACGCGAACCCUUGUUAAAUCCAACGUCAUAAUUCACAUACCUAGUAAUGCCCGACCCUAGCAAAACAAACAGCUGAACCCAAACCUCCACAAUAUAUGUUUAUAUAUAUACAUGUGCAUAUUUAUAUGCGUACAUGGCCUCAUCUCCAAAGCUGAAUAUCUUCUCAAUUCAAUCUUCAUUUUGCUUCCAUUGAAUCCCAUUCAUUCAUCAUGCAAAUCAUCAAUUUCCUUUCUCUUGCAUUCCUCCUGUCUAAUAUCAACGCCUUAUAUCUUUCAGCUGAACAACAUCCGAUCGCACCACCAUCCCAAAAACAAUCGAUUUCUCAACCUCUUAUCGGUUUCGGAACAUGGAAUCUGAAGGUUUCCCCCGAAAAUACAACCGAAGCCGUCGCGUACGCAAUUGAAAUUGGAUAUCGUCAAAUUGAUUGUGCGGCUGUGUAUGGGAACGAAGUGGCGGUAGGACGGGGAAUCGAAGAGGGUUUGAAGAGAGCCGGCUUAAAGAGAGAGGAUAUUUGGGUGACGAGUAAACUUUGGAACGAUCAUCAUGGAAGUUAUGAAAAUGUGGAAAAGGGGUUGAAUCAAACCCUCCAAGAUCUAGGUCUCGAAUACCUGGAUUUAUAUCUUAUACAUUGGCCUAUUGGCUUUUCAUCUAAUGGAGCCAAAAAUCUCGAUCACGUCCAGACCUACAAAUCCAUGAUUUCCCUCCCCAAAUCUCGUGUUCUCAAUAUCGGGGUAUCCAAUUUCUCUCCGCUCCAACUCAAAAAUGUCGUGUCGACUGGUACAAUACCAUAUAUGCAUCAAAUGGAACUCCAUCCCUAUUUACAACAAUCGGCAUGGGUAGCAACGCAUAAAGCUCUCGGUAUUAAAAUGACGGCUUAUUCACCAUUGGGAAACACUAAUCCAACUUAUCAUUCAUCUACCUCUCCAUCGCUCUCGUCAUCCUCUUCUUUUUCAUGGGCAUCAUGGACAUCUCUCUUCCGCCCCUCCUCCUCUUCCUCAAAACCAAAAGCCCCACCUCUCCUCCAAAAUCCCAUUCUCAUCGACAUAGCCGAAGAACGAAAUUGUACACCAGCUCAGGUGGCACUAAAAUGGAAUAUGGGAAGAGGGAUUAGUGUGAUUCCGAAAAGCAGUCAUGAGGAAUGGAUUAAGGAGAAUUUGCAAGCGGGGGAGUGUGAGUUGACGCAUGCGGAUUUGACGAAAUUGAGAUUUGUGGGGAGGAAGUGGUUAAGUAGAUUUAAUAAUCCGGGGGAGGCAUGGGGAGUAACGCUUUUUGAGGGGUUGGAGGGGGUUUAGGGACUUGUAGGUGGAUGAGGAAGAUGAGGGGAAGGGGAAAGGGUAGAGAGUAUAGCAAUUGGGAUUUGAUUCGAAAUACUGUAAUUCGACGAGUGUUUAUGGAUCACGCAUGGAUUUGAGUUUGAAUAUCUAAAUGUGUUGUCUCUUCAUGAUGAUCCAGACUCUCGCAAUCGAUCUCUCCAGCUUCAACAAUGUGUUGCAUUUUUGGUACCUGCAGAUUCUUGCCUGUGGUACAGUGUAGUGACGAAUUCUCCUUUAAUUUUAGCACCUCUCCAUGUAAUUAUUAUACUUUUUACGCCAAUAGACAUGGAUGGAUACUUGAAUCAUUUUCCAUCAACA